AUGCAGGCUGGAGGUGGCGAUGGUACUCCCUCAGACACCGACGUCGACUCUAAUAUGGGUAUCUUUGCGACGGGCCGAGGCCGGAUGGCAAUGUCGAGCAUUGGUGCACAGCAAUCAAGUUCAACACGGCGGAACAACAUCUUCAACGAUGUCAUCGAGAAGAUCAGACGGGUGCAGCUACGUGUGAACAAAGGCCAUGUUUUGGAGUGCUAG